UGUGACAGCUAUUGAAAUUUAAGAAUUUACCAAGCUCCUGAAAUGCCCACAUUAUCGUAUCCACAGUUCUCCAAGAUCUCCUUUAUUUCUUCCUCCUUCAUUCCACAGCCAGACACCCAUAUCUUCUCCAAGUUUUCCCUGACAGUGUCAACCUGUGCAAGCCCAGCCAUCAAGUUGCUGAAGCACGAGCUGUCCUUCCCCCAGUCUCCAUGGCCGCUAUCUCCUGAGUGGAAGAAAUUUAAUGUCUGAAUGUUGGAGUUGGCCAUGGAGUCAGGGAAGGAAGCCACAGAGGGGAUGUGCAGAAUGCAGAAAAUGAAGACAAAAUCUGUGGCCUUGUUAAAGGCAGCGAGAAGAGCGAUGGUCUGGGGCUGGGAGAUCUUAAAAUUAUAAAGAAGAACCUCCCUUGUCACACAAGGACCAGCAGCCAGCAAUGCAGAGUAGU